AUGUCCCGAAUGGACCGCUGGCUUGGCGUUGACGACCAGCUUGUCAAAUACGCCACUUUUCCCAAGCGGCGAUCGUCAACCGUGUUCGCCUAUCUGGAGCUUCCUCAAGAAGGCGACUUCGAGAUUCCCGAGGCAAAGGAUGCAGCUAAGGGCUACGCGAACGCGGCCGCUCUCUUUUACCUGUGGCGCCCAGCCCCGAUGAUCAUCUUUGCGACGCAACGUUAUCGCGAAUGGAUUGACAUGUUCACAUACUCGAUCUCUGGACCGUCUCAACACAUCAAAAUCCACCGAUAUCGUUUCGACUUUUACGAUGCCCAAAUCGACAAAAAGGUGCGCGGCGCCAUCUCCGCCGUGAUGGAUGGGCCAGACCAGGCCCUUUCUUGA